GGAGCUACUUAAAGGCAAGCGUGAUCUCCUCUGUCGUCGUGCUUCUCCCAACGCCGCACUGCUAACGUAGCCAACAUGCAGGUCGCUGUCCUACUCGCUCUCCUGGCUUCCACGGUCGCCUCCCCCUUGUACGUGAUCAGCCCCUCCUCUUCCAUCUCGGGUCCCAUCUCCUACUCUUCCUUGGCAUCGCCUUCCUUGUACAACCCAGGAGCGUACGUGUACAGAUCAGGCAUCCCCAGCGUGGUGUUUGAGUCUCAACACCCCACGACCUACGUGGCCUCCAGCGGCGCCAAGCCAACUAUUUAUUACAGGAGCGCGUACGUUGCGCCUUCCGCGGGCUCCUACAUAGCAUCCUCGGGGCCAGUCGUGAAGACGUAUGCUGCUGGUGAUGUCUCCAAGACCUACGUUGCUGGCGAAGGCCCCAAGACAUACAUUGCCGUGGAUGGCGCAAAGGCAUACAAGGCUGAUGCUGGCGUAAAGACGUAUACUGCUGCUGAUACUUCGAAGGUUUACCUCAAAGCUGACACUCCCAAGGUGUAUUCUGUUGGUGAUGCCUCAAAGGCCUACGUUGCCGUGGAUGCCGCAAAGGCAUACAAGGCUGAUGCUGGCGUAAAGACGUAUACUGCUGCUGACACUUCGAAGGUUUAUCUCAAAGCUGACACACCCAAGGUCUACUCUGUUGGUGAUGCCUCAAAGGCCUACGUUGCUGCUGCCCCUAAAGUUUAUUCCGUAGGUGAAGCAUCAAAGACCUACAUUGCCGCCGAAGCCCCAAAGACGUACACAGCCGUUGACGCUUCCAAGAAAUAUUUCAUCCCCGUUGCUGCAAAGACGUACUCUGCUGGUGAAAAACCCAAAGGCUACGUAGCAGCAGUUGCUCCCCAGGCCUACGCCAGAGGUGCCAAGACAUACCAGAAAAACGAAGGCGCGAGCCUCAAGACCUACUAAAAACCCAGCAUCAAAUGGACUUCAUAGGAUGAAGAAUUAAUUUUUUGAAACUUUAAUUAAAUGGUUGGACGUUAUUCUCCAAAUUCUGAUGUAUUUGUGAAUCAUUCAUAAGCUAUAAAAAAAUCCCAAAUCGCA